CUUGGGAAGACGCUACAGUGCCAGUAACCAUGAGGCUCACUGAGGGAGAGCGCCGGGAGUUCUUCAGGCCUUGGAUCCAUACAGCACUAUCACAGGCAUUAUUACAUGCUUUCCUCACAGCAGCCCAUGGGAAACAUGUGCUUGUCCCAGAGAUGGCAACGUGGAGGCAAUGCAUCCAACUCCUGCACUGUCCUCUCCCUGCUUGGAGCCCCCUGUGCCUUCAUGGGCUCGCUGGCCCCGGGCCACGUUGCUGAUUUUGUCCUGGACGACCUUCGCCGCUAUUCUGUGGACCUCCGCUACAUGGUCUUUCAGACCACGGGCUCCGUCCCCAUCUCCACAGUCAUCAUCAGCGAGGCCAGCGGUAGCCGCACCAUCCUACAUGCCUACAGCUUCCUGGUGGCUGACUUCAGGCAGCGGGGCGUGGACGUGUCUCAGGUGGCCUGGCAGAGCAGAGGGGAGACCCCGUGCUCUUGUUGCAUCAUCAACAACUCCAAUGGCUCCCGUACCAUUGUACUCUACGACACGAACCUGCCAGAUGUGUCCGCUAAAGACUUUGAGAAAGUUGAGCUGACCCAGUUCAAGUGGAUCCACAUUGAGGGCCGGAAUGCAUCAGAGCAGGUGAAGAUGCUACAGCGGAUAGAACAGCACAAUGCCAGGCAGCCUCCAGAAAGCAAGAUCCAGGUGUCUGUGGAGGUGGAGAAGCCGCGUGAGGAGCUGUACCAGCUGUUUGGUUAUGGAGAUGUGGUGUUUGUCAGCAAAGAUGUGGCCAAGCACUUCGGGUUCCGGUCAGCAAAGGAGGCCCUGAGGGGCCUGUAUAGCCGCGUGAGGAAGGGGGCAACGCUGGUCUGUGCCUGGGCGGAGGAGGGCGCCGACGCGCUGGGGCCUGAUGGACGGCUGCUCCACUCUGACGCUUUCCCACCGCCCCGCGUGGUGGACACUCUGGGGGCCGGAGACACCUUCAACGCGGCGGUCAUCUUCAGCCUGUCCCAGGGGAAGAGCAUGCAGGAGGCACUGAGGUUCGGCUGCCAGGUGGCCGGCAAGAAGUGCGGUCUGCAGGGUUUUGAUGGCAUUGUAUGAGUGCCCUGUGGCAGCAGGCACCGGCUCACACCCCGCCCCAGGCUGGCGUCACUGGCUCCUGUUGCCUUCUCCUCUGCGGCCAGCCUGGCAUCGGGCUACCCUUCUCCCUGGGCUGGUCCGGGUUGCGGGAGGGCUCCACCUGUGACCUGGCAUCUCACUUGGCAGAGUCGCAGAGCAAAUAAAUCUUCCCAGAGCCAGCUUCCAA